AUGAUGUGUAUCUGUCAAGUGACUGUGAUCGAUCUGUUAUAUCGCAUAACAGUGUUAUUUUUGAGUAUAUUUGUGGUUAUAAAAUGCUUUGUAACACCCCUUGGUCGCUAGUAGAUUUCAUUUUAUUCCCUAUUAAUAUGACUGUUGUUGGCUGUAAUCAUUGGAUUCUUGGGGAGUUCAACGUGAAGCAGAGAUUUUUUAAAGUCUACAACUCAAUGAGGAAUAGAGUUAUGGAUAAGAAAGUGUUGAAAGUUGUUGAAGCAUAUUCUACUUUGUUGCCCUUGUUUCUUUCUUUAAAUAAUUUUUAUGAGUCAAGGGAAGAUAUUGAUCUAAAUGCACAAGCAUUCAAGGGCAUUGAUAUGUGUCACCCGUUGGACAUUGUGUUUGAUGAUGAGGUUCCACAACAGAGUAACAACGAUUGUGGGAUUUUUAUCAUAAAGUUUGCUGAAUUUCUUAUGCAUGGACUUAUUGAAAAUAUCCCCAAUCCUCUGAAUGUUAGUUUCCAGAGAAACAAAAUUGCAGUCGAGCUAUAUGUCCAUGCUAAAAGAAAGAAAGAUGAAGGCUAUCUAUCUGAUGGGGAGUUCAGAGGAAGAAUGAGCAAGAAGAUGUUGAAUGUUAAUGCAAUGGAAGUAUGAGAGCAUCAAAGUAGUUAACAUUUUGGCUUUUAUCUUGUAAAGAAGAUACAUACUUAUGGCAAGAUAACUUUUGUGUCUUUGUUUUGCAAACUUUCAAGCAAGUAUCAUGUUUGAAUAUUUUGAAUACUGUGGCAUAUCAUUGAAUUUUGAUAUUAGCCCUUUUUUAUGAGGAAUGUUGUACAGAGGUGUCUCAAGUUUGUAACUUGAGUUCACAACUUUAUUUUUAU